GACUGAAGAGCAGAAUGUGGAGGACAGCUGGUGCUGGGAGCCCGAUGGAGGCGACGAGAAAGGUGGCGGCGGCGCCACAGGAGAUUCCGCGAGGAGCAAGGAAUCCUCCGAUCUCGUGGACAUCGCCCUGGGCGCCAACGAUGUGGCCCGGCUAAACAAUCGCAUUGCGGAGCUGGAGCAGCUCAAUGCACAGCUGAAUGCCUCGCUGGAGGAGCUGGACUCGCAGCACGAGUUGGCCAUGCAGGAUGUGCUCGAGCACAAGACGCAGCUGGCCACGCAGGUGGCGAAUCUCAGGCAGCUGCAGGCCGAUCGAAUGGUGGAGCACGAGUUGUCGCAGGCCAGGCAGCAAAAGCAAUUGGAGGAAGUGCGUCUCGAGGUUACAGUGGCCAAGGAGCAGAAGCUAGAAUUGCAACAGCAAGUGGAUCAGCAGGCGGAGGAGCUGAAACGCAGCAUCCUUGAGCUGGCCGAGAUGCAGGCGCUGCUGGAGAAGCGCGGCCAGGAUAACACGGAGCUCAUCGAACGCGUGCGCCUGGCCGAAAAGGAUCUGGAGGAUGAGCGGCGGCUGGCCAAGGAGAAGAAGACCUCCGAGUCCUCCUCGUCGAACAGCUCCUCCUCCUCCGCCGGCGGCAAGCACAGCGAGGAUGAGUUCAUAGUGGUCAGUCAGGGCAACUCCGAACCCGAUGCGGACACUCCGCCGCCCUCGAAAGAGAAGCUGCGCGAUCGCCUCGUCUCGCUGGAGUCGCAAAUCUCCGAGCUCACUUUGGCCAACACCCAAAUGCAGGAUGCCCAGGUGGAGAAGCAGCUAGGCAUCAAUUUGCUAACCGAACAGCUGGCGGAACUCGAGAAACGUUUGCGUUUAAGCGAGGCGGAGAAGGAGCAGCUGCAGUUGGAUCUGCAGCUGCGCCUCCAGCAGCUCACGGUGCAGAACCAGGAGCUGAAGCUGCACGCCGAGGCCGAGCAGGAGGGCCAUGCCCAGGAUCUGGAGGAGCAGCUGGGCUCGCUGCGUGAGGAGAACCAGCGGCUGCGCCAGGAGCUGGACGCCAGCAUAGCGCAGGCCAAGUUCCGGCAGGCCAUUGCCGAGGAGAAGCAGGAGAUUACCGAUUUGGAUGAGACGGAAGCCACCGCCGAACAUGGCACCUACGAACUGGAUAAGCUGCGUGCUUUGCUCCAAGCCGAACUGGAGGAUCGCCUGGCCACCUCGCAGCCCCAACAGAAGUUGGAACGUGCCUGGAAUUCGCUCAGCGAGCGUUGGCAUCGCCUCGAUCUCGUCGAGCAGCGACUGACGCUAUGCGAGCACGAAAAGAAGACUUUGGAGGCGGACAUCUCGCAGUACAUCCUGCAGUGCGACGAGCUGAUGAAGAACAACGAGCUGCUGCUCAACGAGCUGGACAAGUACAAGCGCAACAAGCUGGAGACCAUCGAGGAGCAUCACGAGGAGACCAUUGUGCAGCUGGAGGCGCAGCUGGAGGAGGCUAAAAGGGAAGCACAGGAUAAGACUAAACUCCUGGCGAGGAAUGAGCAGAAGCUGGGAGAGCUGCUCCAGAAAAUGCAAGGCCAGGAGGAGCAACUAACUGCUGUUAACCAGGAACUAAGCGAAAAGUCGGGCCAACACAAAGCGCAGCUGGCCAAGAUCCAAGCUCAAUUGCAAACCGAGCAGGAGAAGCUGCGCGAGCAGCUGCAACUGCAGGACAAACUGGAGCAGCAGAAGGAGCUGAUGGAAGUGGAUCAGAACCAGCAGUUGAGCAGCCUUAAAAAGGAGUUAACCGAGGUUACCCAGCAACUGGAGGAGUGCCAAAACAAGCUGACUGCCAAGGAGGCUCUCCUCGCGGAGAUGCAACAGCAAUUGCUGGAGUUGAGCCAAGAAAAGAAGCAGCUGCAAGAGGAAUCGGAAUCCGAGCAGACCAACCAAAUCAGCGAGCUUCGGGCUCAGCUGCUGGCCAAGGAGCAGGAUCUAGCCAAUCUGCAGAAUCUGGCCGCCGAUCAGAGCCUCCAGCAGACCAUCGAUUCCCUGGGAAAGGAAAAGAACGAGCUGAUCAAGGCGCUGCAGCAGAAGCACCAGGAGAACACCCAGUACUAUGCGGAGAUCCAGCGUCUGCAGCCCUGCGAGCAGCAGCUCAAAGAGCUGGCCAGGGAGCGCGAGAAGCUGCAGGAUCAGAUCGGCUUCCUCAAGGAGAAGUCCGACAUACUCACCACCAAUCUGCUGACCGAGCAAACCAACCAACGGCUGUUGCAGCAACAGCAGGCGGAAUCCCAGGAGCAGCAGGCCAGUGUGCAGCGGGAUCUGGAGCGAUUGAGGGCCCAUCUGCUGGAGGUGGAGGAGCUGCACACCCAGGAGUCCGUGGAGCUGCAGCGCGACCUCGAGGAGUCGCGAUCCCGCCAGGCGCUGCUCGAGCAGCAGGUGUCCAAGUCGAGCACCGCCUACACAUCGGCCAGUAUUCGGGCCAAUCAGCAGGCGGAAACGCUGCAGGCGCAGCACGCUCUGCUCCAGCAGCAGCGGGAUGAGCUGCUGGCCAAACUGGGCCAGUACGAGGAUCGCGAGCUGAAACAGCAGGCGGCGCUGACCAAUCUCCAGUGUGCCCUGGAGCAGUUCCAAAAUGACAAAGACCACGACAUCGAGAUGGCCACGCAGCGCAUCCGCCGCGAGAUGCAGUCGCAGCUGGACCGGCAAGGUCAGCUGCAAUCCGAGAUGGGUGCACUGCAGCAGCAGCUGGCGGAGGCCAACCAGGGAUUGAGGGCUGCCGCCCGGCUCUCCGAUCAACUGGAGGCCGGUCAGCAGACGAUCGCCGUGCUGCGGGAUGAAGUGGAGAGCCUGAAGGAGGCCAAUGGCCAGCUGGAGCAGCGGCUGAGCAGCAGCGAGAGCAGCCAGACGGACAAGAUUGACAAGAGCCUGAUCAAGAGCCUGCUCAUCGGCUAUGUGGUCAGUGGACAUGCCGGGGACAAGCAGCAGGUGCUGCGCAUGAUCUCCUCGGUGCUGGACUUCAAUGCCCAGGAAUCGGAUAAGGUGGGACUGAAUAAGCAGCAGAGCAGCUGGCUGGGCGCCAUUCUGGGUGGAGGUUCUAGUCCAGCGGCAGUAGGAGGAUCUUCUUCGCGUGGCAAUGACAACCUGGUGCAGGCCUUUGUUCAAUUCCUGGAGCAGGAGUCACAGCCGCAGGCGCAGCUGCAAACGAGACCCACUCUGCUGAGCAUGACGGGUCAGAUGGACACGUCCAGCUCCACCGCUUCCGCCUCCACCUCCUCCAUCACCAGCACAACCGCUAAUCUUCCCCUGCCGACGAAUGCGAUGAAUGCGGUGCCACUGGCAAGUCAGCCGGAUGCAGCGACUCCGGGCACACCGCCAGUGGUGGGCGGAGGAUCGUCACCCGGCCAGUCCAUGGGCUCCAAUGAAUUUGCGCCCACACGCAACUCCAGCUCGAUAUUGAAGGACAUUCUCAGCGACUCCUGAUUGUUGUAGAAAAUUCGCAUAUUUUUUUUAUUGAGUAAUUUUAAAACAUAUUUUUAUGAAAUUCGUAAACGUGCAAUCGCGGCGCCUGUAUUCCCCCAAACGUAUGUCCCAAACGUAUAUCUCGCUAUAUAUAUAUAUAAUAACACAUAUAAUGUAUCUAUAAAAACCGUGAUGGUUACCC